AUGGACUUGGUGGUGAGGAAAUUCGUUCUCAGUGAUCAGUUUGAGAUCUAUGGUGCGGACUUAAUCUUGGAGGGCAAGGAGGAGGACCUGUAUCAGGGCACCUUGCCACUCAAGAACGUGACUCUGAACCCGGCGCUUCCUACUGCGUCUUUGCGCACCCCCUGGAAGAGCAUCGGAUAUCUUCACAAAAGGCAGCGCGUUCUGCUGCUGGACCGGGAUGGAAGGUCGAUCGUAGAGCACUCGCUUAACAUGGGUACCAGCUACACUGAGACCAAGUGGCUGCUGAGUGAGAGCCUUCCUCAGCGCCUUGAGGUCAUCCAGCCAGUGGAGGACAAGGGCGCAGGCGUUUGCGCGACUAAAGAUACGGGGCUCGUCAAUGUGGGAUGGGCCCUGUACGCCUCCACCGACUCCGGGCAGGUGGUGAUCCUGUGCCCGGCAGCCGGUCGGCUACUUCAGCCGUUGCACAUGGUGGUUUCUCUUCGGCGGAGAGCUGCGUCGAAAUCAGUGAUGAGGUUAGUGGAUUCCCACACUGGGGCCGUGAAAGUGCAGCGUGAAAAGAUCAUCGGUGUGCAGAAGGACGUCUAUGAAGGUGUCCUCUGGUUGAUGGUCGCUACCACCGAAGGGCUGACCGAGAUCCGCGCGUGGGACGUGUCCUCGGGCCAGGUGGGGCGAUGGUGGCUUCCCACGGGCAGGCGAUGGGCACAAG